GCAUUAGAGGAUGCAUGGCAUCGGCAAAAAGUUAAUAUGUGUAACGCGCUAGAAAUCCGGAGCUUUACGAACGAGAGCUGAGAAGCGCGCUCGUUUAUCGACGUAAAGCUGAUGCAAUUUAGAGUAAUCACAGUGAAGGUAAAAAGAUUUAUGUAUAUAAAUACAUUUUUCUCCCCGACAGAGAGAAGGGUGAGAGAAACGAAAAAGACGGAAAGCGGCGGUGCGAGAAAUCGCGAUAAUCGGGCGAGAAAUUGAAUAAGAGAGAGAAAGAGAGAGAGAGAGAAAGAGAGAAACAGUAUAAGAGAGACAUAUAUCAUGUAUAUAGAGCGAAAAUAAUACGUAUAUCUAUAUCGACUCGCCGAUCGUUCGCGCGAACUAAGAAAAUUACCGAAAAAAACCCACAAACAACACAAGCAAAGACACACACAGUCGCGCGAAAUCCACAACGUCAAUCAAUCAAAUUCUUCUAUUUCAUCAUUUCCGUGCCAUCACCGACCCCCCACGACGUCGACGACGACGACGACGACGACAACGCGACGACGAUCAUGACGCUGCCGUUUGGACCCACGAUUGGCGCUGUUUCAUCAUCUUUCCAUCUUCAUCAACGUCCUUGGAACACGAUGGAUGAAAUCGAUGACAACGACAACGACGACGAUGACGACGACGAUGACGAUGUCGAUGAAAAUCUUCGACGAUCAUGAAAAUAACAAAACGCACGAAUUUUACGGCGACGAAUAACGCGAUCGAUAAUGACGUUAAUGUCGCUGACCGAUCGAUUGAAAAUCGUGUAGAGCCUGUCCUACCAACUUACCUCGAACGAGAGCAAGGACAGAGUGGUGCUUAUAUACGGCGACCGUAUACAGGUGCGGAAAAAGGACCUAAAGAAGCGCGAUUCCCACAUCUGCGACAUGCAGGCCCUACAGCCACUUUCGGCCCCCACCAACACCGCCAACACCGCGCCCGCCAUGACUACUUCCGGUGGGCAGCCACCGCUCCCGGUAUCGGAGACCGUUUGAAUCACGACGAUCACGAGAACCGAUCACGAUCGUCUGUGUGCGAUGCGCUAGCCACGCAACAUUAUCACACCAUCACACCACCUAUAAAACUCACCGCCGUCCUCUUCCACACCUGUGCUCGCUGAACUCGAUGAACGAAACCACGGCCGACCACGGUCGAAGCAACGUAAUGAAAACGAGCCGUUCGCAUCGAUGCCACGCGACAAUGGAGAUUCGUCAUCAGGUUCAACGGCAUUCCGAUCCGCGAUUUCACGAGCGGAUUGAUUCGCCUCCCCGGAGAGGAUGGGACGAAAUCAUUCGUUAUUCGACGGGAUCUGCAGAGAAUCUGAGAGGAUCUACGUCAACGCGCGAUGAGGAUUGAUUGCUAUCGAAGCGCGAGGACCGAAACGCGCGGUGCGCUUCCUCCUCUGCAAUCGUUAGCCCUGUUAGAAUUUGCGCCGAUUCGCAGAUUUCCGUUUGACGGAAAAACGUUUAGUGUUAUACGCGACGUCCUCGUUGCAAUCGUAAUACCUGAUUGCGUGCCGGAUGGAUUUCUGCAGGAAGCGGAAAACGAUUGUAGCUCUCCCUGCGGAAAUUCGUUCGCGGCGUUUAUGACGAUUAACUGAAUUAAUUGAUUAAAUCCCGCCAGCGACGAGUUUGCAAAAUGGGUGAUCCAGGUGCGGCUGAGCGAUUGCGAUUAGGGUCGUG